CGUCAAAAGUUCGAAGGUUCUUCGAUAAAUUACAUUGAUUUGCUGCCGAUUUUGCAUUGCGCAUUCAGUAUUAUUAUAAUAAAUUAGAUUCACAAUUAAAGCUGCUACGUUUUCUCAUGAAAAUCAGCAACCACUUCCAUUGCGUAACAUGUUAGAAGGAAUUUUGAUCUGCGUGUGUCUUUACACUGCUGCGUUGCUCCUACUUGGGAGCGCGCUGACUGCGGGGCUACUGGUGGUCCACGUGGCCGUGGUGCCACUCGUCUUUCGCUACUCCAAGACCUUCCGUCGGAGCCUCAUCUUUGCCAACUUUGUACAAUGGCCCCUGCACAUAGACCACGAAGAUCCGGCGUCGAGCGGCAUAGAGGGGGCGCGGAACCUCAGCAUCGAAUACCAGUCUAAAGUCGACAACUGUCACAUCAAGAUUGGAGUAUGGCACAUCCUCCCAAAAAGCGUGUAUGAGCGCCUGAAGCAGCACUUCUCCUCGGGCUGCGACAAGGAACAGCUCCAUAAACUGCUGGACGAGGAACUGGCCAACUCCAAGAUGCCCAUCAUGCUCUACUGCCAUGGAAAUUCUAAUUCUCGAGCGGCAUCACACAGGAUUCAGCUGUACAAGUUCUUUCAGCAGAUGGACUUUCACACCAUAGCCUUCGAUUAUAGAGGCUACGGCGAUUCUACGAACGUCUACCCGAGCGAGAACGGUGUGGUGGAAGAUUCCCUCAUGGUGUACGAGUGGCUGCGAAACACCCUCGCCAAGGGGACCAAACCCAGCGUCUUCGUGUGGGGACAUUCUUUAGGCACAGGCAUAUCUUCGCACCUGCUCGGCAACCUGCCCGAGCUAUCCACGGUGCUGCUGGAGCGGCCCGCUCUACCGCUGCCCAGCGGGCUCAUACUUGAGGCCCCCUUCAACAACCUGGCUGAUGAGGUGGCGCACCAUCCAUUAUCCAAGCUAGUAACGUGGCUGCCCUACUACCAGCAAACGUUCGUGUCGCAGUUCGUGUCCCGGCCCGAGCACUGUUUCCGCUCGGACGAGCAUCUCGCUCGCACACGCACCCUUCCCGUUCUAAUACUACAUGCGAGGGAUGACGUCAUAGUGCCACACGUUGUGGGGGCUAAACUGUACGAAUCCAUUCGCCAGUCGCGCGGCGAGGGCGACGCACCAGUCAUACUACAUUCUUACGAUAAAAGCGAGAAUCUCGGACAUAAAUGGAUCUGCAACGCUAAAGACCUGCCCGAGGUCGUGGGAAACUUCGUGUCAACUCAUCGAUCUUCGAAGUGAACGCCUAAUAUUAAUACAAUUUAAUAAUAUAUCUUUACGGUCACAAAUGUCA